CCUCUGGUGGCCAGUAAACAACAGUAGCCGGAAACGGAAACGACGAGACACGAAGCCUUGUAGCUAAUAGGUAUCGCCUGUGUGUAGAAACCAAGGGAGAUUUUUUCACUUUUUUGCGCUGAGAAGUAAAUUCUCCACUCGACAAGACAUUGAUGUCAUUUUGUGGAACCCAAAACAGCGGCCGCCGCAGCAAAUGGGACCAGCCCGGCCCCGGCUCUGGUCCCGGCGGGUUGCGGGGGGCUGAAGCUGCACCCACCGGGGCUCUGGACGCUGCUGCUGCUGUGGCUGCCAAGAUUAAUGCCAUGUUGGUAGCUAAGGGCAAACUCAAACCCUCACAGAUAGGAGCCCCAGGGCUACCUGAUAAGGCUGUAGGCGUUGGAAAGCCUCCACUACCGACAAAAGCAAAAGAUGACUUGGUCGUCGCUGAGGUCGAGAUCAAUGACGUCCCGAUCACUUGUCGGAAUCUCCUCACACGUGGUCAAACACAGGAUGAGAUCAGUAAAGUUAGCGGUGCUGCAGUUUCAACCAGAGGGCGUUACAUGACAGCAGAGGAGAAGGGCAAAGCAUUAUCAGGAGACCGGCCUUUGUACCUGCAUGUCCAAGGGCAGACGAGACAGCUUGUCGACAGGGCAGUUAACAGAAUCAAGGAGAUUGUUACCAAUGGUGUGGUCAAAGCUGCAACUGCCUCAUCAUCGUCGUCAUCUCCAUCUUUCUCGUCAAGUGGGGCAUCAGUCACCGUGUACCAUCAGCACAACCCACCUCCACCCUCACUGCCCCCCAUCACUCAUCACAAACAACACUUUCAGUCCAGGAUGCAUUAUGUUCAAGAUAAAGUCUUUGUGGGCCUGGAGCAUGCUAUCCCAGGGUUUGUGGUCAAAGAGCAGGUUGAGGGUCCCGGAUGUUCAUAUCUGCAACACGUCCAGGCUGAGACUGGGGCCAAAGUUUUCCUCAGAGGAAAAGGAUCGGGUUGUUUAGAGCCGGCCUCUGGACGAGAAGCUUUUGAACCCAUGUACAUCUACAUCAGUCAUCCUAAACCAGAAGGACUUGCAGCAGCGAAAACCUUGUGUGAGAACCUGCUUCAGACAGUCCAUGCAGAGUAUUCCCGCUUCCUCAGUCAAAUGAGCACAGUGAUGCCAUCACAACAAGGCUUUGCGCAGCCUCCAGUAGUGAAUGGGAUAUCUCCUCAGCCUCCUUACUAUCCCUCUGCUGGCUUCCAGUACCCCUUGCCUGUAGCCCCACCUCAGCCACAACCUGUUCCUCCACCUUACACUGUUCCCCCCCCAAUACCUCCUGCAGCACCCACAGGUGUACCUCCUGUGUACCCCCUCCCUCCAGCCCCUGCUCCAGGCGCUAUGUCACAGACUCUUUCUCCUGUACCCUUUCCUCCAUCAGCUGCAGCACCACCCAAAGCUCCACCCCCUGCCGCCCCAGCCAACCCACCACAGAAAAGACGUUUAACAGAAGCGGCGAGAGACAGCGGCCUACUUGGCUACCAGCAUGGACCCAUUCAUAUGACUAAUUUAGGUGCAGGCUUCCCAGUGGGCAGCCCCGAGACUGCAGGACCCCCACCACCGAGUUCCUCUGGCCCGCCGGGUGAGAGGGACAGUAGGCAGCUAAUGCCUCCACCGCCUAUGCCUAUGAAUGGAGUGAGACCCAAGAUGGAGGAGAGAAGGGCGCUGCAAGGCCCCGUGGAGCCCACAGUGAAAAGAUUGAAGACAGGUUUGGUGGCAUACACCGGUGACUCUUCUGACGAAGAGGAAGACCACUCCACUUCCAAAGCUUUGGGGCCAGGUAACCCUGGGACCAUUCCCCCCACCUCCUCAGGCUGGACACAGGGCUACCGCUGCCCCCCUACUCCACCCCCUCGUCCUAAAACACAGCCCCAGCAGCAAUUGAUGCCUUUCUGGAUGGCACCCUAAACCAAGGAACAUAAAUCACAUCGGUGCUCUGUCCUUAGCCUGACAGGAUGUUCUCUGAGCCCAUCUUUUUUCCAGUACUCAUCACAUGGAUGAUUCUUAACAGCUUGUGUUG